AUGCGUCGUGCCGUGCAGCUCCUGGCAGCGGGCCUCUCCCCCGAGAGGUGCAUUGCUGUGUCAGCGCAAGGAAUGCAUGCCGCCGCUGCCGCCGCCUGCACUUGGCACCGAUCCGCAACGCAGUGCAUCUUUGCUGACUUGGCUCCGCUGAGUCUGGUGAGCCCCCUGGAAGUGUUCAUGAACACACGGAGUGUGGAAGUGGCUCGGGGCCAGACGGCAGUCCUGCCCUGUACCUUCACCACCAGUGCUGCGCUCACGAACCUUAAUGUCAUCUGGAUGGUCACCCCACUUUCCAAUGCCAACCAACCUGAACAGGUUAUUAUUUACCAGGGGGGUCAGAUUUUUGACGGUGCACCCCAGUUCUAUGGGCGAGUGGGGUUUGCAAUGACAAUGCCAACCACCAGUGCCUCCAUCUUCAUCAACAACACCCAACUCUCGGACACCGGAACUUACCAGUGUUUGGUCAACAACCUACCAGACCGAGGUGGCCGGAAUAUUGGAGUCAUUGGACUCAAUGUCUUGGUUCCUCCCUCUGCCCCGGUCUGCAGAAUUCAGGGCUCUUUGAACAUUGGCAGUGACAUCACACUGACCUGCAACUCCGAAGAGGGCAUCCCUCGGCCAACAUACUACUGGGAAAGACUGGACAACACUCCCAAGCUGCCUCCAACAGCAACACAAGACCAAGUUCAGGGUACAGUCAUUCUGCGCAAUAUCAGCACCAUGUCAUCAGGGCGUUACCAGUGCGUGGCUUCUAACGUCAUUGGAAGCAGCACCUGUUUUCUGGAAGUUCAAGUGAUUACACCACAUCCACAGAGCAUUGGCCUGAUUGCUGGAGCUGCAGCUGCAGGAGCAGUGGUACUUGUGAUCUGCAUUGUUCUGGUGGCUGUGACACUCUUUUACUGGAAAAACAAACACAAGGAGGAAGAGGAGGAGGAAAUUCCCAAUGAGAUAAGGGAGGAUGAUCUGCCACCCAAAUGCUCUUCAUCCACCAAAGCGUUCCAUGGUGAUGCCUCCUCCUCAGAGAAUGACACCCUCACCUCAUCCAACACCUACAACAGCCGGUACUGGAACGACCCCAAAACCAACCAUGCCACGGACUCCUUCACUCGCCUCAACAAUGACACACGCCAGUCCUUCUCCCGCUCUGGGAGCACCAACGCCCGCCCCAUCUAUGCCAACGGAGGCCACCCGACCCCACCUCCACCCAAGACAUUGGUGGUGACAACCAACACCGCCCCCUCUCCUCAGGAGAUGUCCAGGAGCAAUGGCUCAGUGAGCCGGAAGCCAAGACCCCAGCACACACGCUCCUAUGCCGUGAGCCAGGCAACGCUGGAGAGGAUAGGGGCCGUGCCUGUCAUGGUUCCUGCUCAGAGCCGAGCAGGCUCUUUGGUGUAGGCGUGGCUCUAAGGAAAAUGAGGACCUGUUGCACUGAGUGGGGUGGGGUGAAGACCUGAUCCAAACAAGAGACUCUCCUCUUCCUGCCCGAAACGCGUUGAAGGAGAAGAUCAAACCUCUCCUCUGUACUCUCUUGCACCCCCUAUCAAGAAUAUCCCACUGGUGUGGUGGUCCCCCCCUUGCUACCCCACCCUCAUGAUCUCAGGGGGCUCCUCAGCUAUAGCUGGAUGUGCCAAGGCCAGGGGGAAAGGGGGCAACUCGACACAUCAUAGGGGGAUGACGCCACGCUUGCUUGCCAAGCUCUGCCUAGUGGGAAGUCAGGAAGGUGGCCACAAGGAUGGUGGGUGAGGUGAGGCAGGGUUUGCGGAGCCUUCUGGUCGAUGGGUGAGCCUUCAGAGGAGAGGACUCAAUAGCUUCACCUUAGCAUGUCUACUAGUGGGCUCCAAGCAGAUGCUUAAAUGGGAGCAAGGGGUGAGAUGCUGGUCCAGAAGAACAAGGCAGAGAGAUAAUCACAAAUCAGGCCAAGCGAGAAGAGGAUUGGGAGUGUGUGUGGGGGAAUGGCUGGAGAAUUAUGUUCAUGUCUUUAUUUCUUCUUUUGGUCUCCCUCCCCCUCUCUUUGCUUCCCCAAUUGGAUGUUCUCCCUGCACUAGUUUUUUGGAUGCUUUCUUGCACCCUUCGUCACCACCAUGGAAACUGUUGUCACCCCAGCUUUGUCGUCCCCCCCCCCCGUCGCUGCCCUUGAUGAGCUGCUUGGCGCCAGAACAUACCACUGCUGUUGCUGCUGUUGCUAAGAGGAGGAGUUUGAGGAAUGAUGCCGGAUGGAUAGCUGAAGCCUCCCUUGCUUAAAUGGGCUGCUGUGUUUCCCCAGACAUGUGGCUUCCCUUUCCCCAGAGCUGGGCUUUGACGCUUAGGCCUUUUGCAUGGCAGGGUCUCCCUACAGGGCUGAUGGGGCUGGCCAGGCUUGUGAGGAACGUUCACAAGGAGGCGUCACAUUGAACCUUCCCUCUUUUGGGCUUCUUUGUAGUACUGGGGGGAGGGGAAAAGAGCGAGCAAGGAGCAGCCCAGGGAUGGCUCAUGGCUGCAUUGGCCCCCUUAUUCUUCCCCCGCUGACCCCUUGCGGCCUGGUCAGCUCCAAGUGGCAGGCCGGCGCAAGGCCCGAUCGCCGUCACAUCUCACCUGCCCAUGCAGCUUGACAGGUUCCAACUCUUGCAAUUUAACUAGCCUUAAUCAAAGUGGAUUGUUUAGAAACCGAUGAGGGUCUUUCAUGCCCCAGAAGGGGAUUCAGAGCCGGGGGCCGUUUCCUAAUACCUCGAGGAGGCAGAGCCAAGGGACACCUCAUGGAGUCCCGCCAUCCACACCUGCCUCAUUUGUAAUGCUGACACACUGAUCUCCUUAAAGGGAAAAUGCUCCCCUCAAAAGCACUGAAGAGGCUUUCCUUCUGCACUGACAACAGACAUCUUUCCGAUCUAACCCCGGCACUAUGAAAGAGACAGCUUGUUCCACAGGCUCCUCUCCACCUUCCGACAUGCACUGGAAAUGGGGUUCCUAAAGAUCAGCCACAAGCGCUCUCCCGCUUCCACUCUGCCUCACCCCAACUUUCCUUUUCUUCCAAAUGGGCAGGGAGGCCAUCAGGGGAGAGCGGCCUGCUUGGGCCUUCCCUUAGUAGCCCUCCCCAGAGAGAGCCCCUUGGGUUGCACUGGGUUUGAAGCUGAGCUGAGAUUCUGUGCCUUCUUUGCUUUUGGAAAAAAAAAAGGAUUCUCCCUUUCUCCACACACACACACACACACAUACACAAACACACAGAGUCCCUCCUCCCUCACGUAGGACACACACAACUUGCUUCAUCGACUUCUGAGCACACCAGGCAGACAGAUGGCUGCCGACUUUAUACAUGUUUCCCAGGGAGCAAUCUCUCUCCUCAUGUGCUCACUGCCGGUUUCUCCGUUCAGUUAGUUGGAGGUUGGGGGGCGGGGUGGGGGGGAGAGUGGUUUUCAAAACUGUAACAUGAAAAUAGAGAACAAGGUAACUCUCUCUCUCUCUCUCUCUCUGUCGGUUUUUAUAACAACAAGAAACGUAAAAGACGUUUUCAAGGGAUGCUGCCUAUAGCAGUCCUACACUCCAGUGCUCAGAAAGCUCUUUUUGGGUUCUACUGUUCAUGAGACGGU